UUAGUGCUGGCAUUGUUACAAAAUUCAAGUUUUAAGCCUAUUAGGCAAUGAACAAUCCAUGGCGCGAAAUCGGCUUUGUUAGCAAGCACAGGCCAAAGAAACAUGUUAAAAUCAUUAAGAUCAAGAAACGCAUCGCCAAGUCAAAGAAAGUCUUCAAGCAAAGGCAAAUUGAAUUGAUACAACUUCAUUUGAGAAAUCGUAUCAAGCAUUUAAUUAUUGAAAAGCUGGAGCGAAGAUUGGCAGAUAUUCAAACUAAGAAAGGGAUUCAGAAAACCGCAAAAUAACAUCAACCGAAGUUCUGGAGGAAAAUUAUCGUAAUUUUAUUAUUAAGAAAUUACCAGAUAAGAAUUGAUACUGCCAAUUUAAUUUCCAAAACAGUUUCACAUGAAAUUGCCCAUUGAGAUGAUUAAAAUUUGAACUAAACUCUCGUUGGACGGCGACCACAAAAUCAUUUUC